AUGGACUCAGCUGUGAAGGCCGUGUAUAAUGAAAUGAUUGGAAAAACAUUUGCCAUAUUAGGAAUGGCGAUUGCGAAGAUCUCGCUGGGAACUUUCCUGCUUUGUAUUGUUAUCAAGCGAUGGCAUCGUAUUUCAAUAUGGACCUCGAUGAUCAGCUGGUCGAUUGUGUCGAUGAUGACCGCCCUUAUCUUCUGGUUCCAGCGUGUUCCGUCUCGAUCUAUACGGGAUCAUCGCGUCCCAGGGUAUACUGUUGUCCCAGUCACCCCUUUCUCCGUUAUGCUUGGAUGCUGGUGUGCUGCCGUGGACUUUUAUUUUACUCUUCUUCCGUGGAUCUUCAUUUGGAAUCUUAACAUGAAAUUCAAGGAAAAGAUGUCUAUCGCGAUCAGCUUGAGUCUGGGCUUCAUAGCCUGCAUUUGCGGAAUUAUCCGAACUAUUGACCUGGGCGGGUUAGCCAGCUCCAACUACACCGAGGACACUGUUAACCUCAUAAUCUGGUCCGCCGUUGAACUGGCUGUCACUCUUAUCUGCGUUGGCAUCCCCACCGUCCGCCCGUUAUAUCGCACCAUCGUUCAUGGAUCGCAUUCGGAGAGCUCAGAGGGCAAGUAUGUCAGACCUCGUUAUAGUCGGAGCGAUGAAGAGAUUCUGGUGGAGGGCAAAACUCAAUCCUAUGUUGGCAUAAUAUCCCUAUAUUCCCGUGACGCUCGUAUCUCUUGUUCUUGGGAGUUAACGAGGUCUAAGUGGGAACAUUUAAUAACCGACUGCCUGUCGCCUAACUUUUUCAUCUUCCCCCUUUCUCCCAACCCACUGCUUAAAGCCCUAUACCCGUGUUUGUUUUUGCAGAUCCAAGCCUUUAUCCUCCACCAUGGCCGUCACCUCUAUUUCAAUCCCAUUCGACUGCAUCCUUCCUUCCAGCAGCUCCGGUAG